AAGAACCUUACUACAGGCUGUCCAAAAACUUGCCUAACCAAUUAAAUAUAUCCACGUGGCAUACGUUGACAUGUACGCUCUUUGCAUUUUACAGCUCUUGCCCGUUCAAAAAACCUCGGUAUAUAAAUAAGCUCUCAAUGGUUUCACAAAACUCAUAUUCAAAAACAGAACACAACCUCUCUUCUCACUCUAUAUACUCCCAAAAUGGCUUAUAACUACCGUUUUGCCAUUCUUCUCGUUCUCCUCUCCGCCACCGUCGGCUUUACCGCAGCCGCGUUGAAGCCUCCGGUUCGAACCUUGAACGGAAACAUUACUCUUAAUCUCAUUUGGUACGGAAAAUUCACCCCAAUCCAACGGUCCAUAAUCGUCGAUUUCAUCCGCUCUAUCAGUUCUGUCACCGCCGCCAAAGGUCCAUCCGUCGCGUCGUGGUGGAAGACGACGGAGAAGUACAAAACCGGCGUUUCAACUCUUGUUGUCGGUAAACAGCUCCUCCUUGAGAAUUACCCUCUCGGAAAAUCCCUAAAGAGCCCUUACCUUCGUGCUCUGUCAAGCAAACUUAACGCUGGUGGUGCUCGGUCAAUAACCGUCGUCUUAACGGCGAAAGACGUCACCGUUGAGGGACUCUGUAUGAACCGAUGCGGGACUCACGGGUCAAAGUCAAGUUCCGUUAACAGUGGAGCUUACGUGUGGGUCGGAAACUCUGAAACGCAGUGUCCUGGUUACUGCGCGUGGCCGUUUCAUCAGCCUAUCUACGGACCUCAGUCUCCGCCGUUAGUCGCACCUAACGGCGACGUCGGAGUUGACGGAAUGAUUAUAAACAUCGCGACUCUUCUUGUUAACACCGUAACGAAUCCGUCUCCAGAAGCUGUCUCGGCUUGUACCGGGAUAUUCGGUUCGGGUGCUUACCCGGGUUACGCGGGUCGGGUUCUCGUAGACAAGACGAGUGGAGCGAGUUACAACGCUUUGGGUCUCGCCGGUAGAAAAUAUCUAUUGCCGGCGUUGUGGGAUCCUCAGACUUCGACGUGUAAAACUAUGGUUUGAAUUUUAGAUGGUCUGUGAACGAGACACGUGGCUAGAAUUGAUGGUGAUUAAAAGCUUGUUGUAGUCAAAGAAAGUUUGUAGAUAUCUAUCGCGUCUGGUUCGGAGUUUGGGGAAAGGGAUGUGUUUGUUUUGUUAUUUUGUUAUGCCCUGUGUAAAUUCGAUCUUUGGAAAUAUGUGAAAGAUAGAUUCAUAUAUCUAUUUUAAUAAUAACGAUUUGUAGUUUCCACCUAUAAUCUUAUAACGUUAGUAUAUACUGUAUAUAGUAUGAUUAGUAUCAAGACCUUGUUUUAACUUUUAACCAGAGGAAUCAAACUUUAUAGAUAAACGAAAAAUGGAUUAAGAUAUUAAUUAUGUUGUGUUGAUACCAAUGAUACGGUAAAAAGAACAAACAAAAAGAGAGAAUGAAUAAUCUAAAGGAAGGUGGAGAAUAAAGGCGAUGUUGGGACUUGGGGGAUAAGAGAAAAGAGAACAUAUAGAAUCAC